CUUUUCCUGUAAGCUAGGUUUAUUAGCAGUCAACAUGCCGACCGUCGGAGUAAAAAGAGAUCUUCUCUUCAGAGCUCUCGGCAGAACUUACACUGACGAGGAGUUUGACGAGUUGUGCUUCGAGUUUGGGCUGGAGCUAGACGAAAUCACCUCAGAGAAAGAGAUCAUCAGCAAGGAGCAGGGCGACUCCAAAGCUUCAGGUGCGUCUGACGUCAUCCUCUACAAGAUCGACGUACCCGCUAACCGCUACGACUUGCUGUGUCUGGAGGGACUGGUCCGUGGACUGCAGGUCUUCAAGAAUAGAGUCGACGCCCCUCGCUACAGACGUGUGAGCCCAGUCAGUGGAGACCCUCAGAGGCUGAUCAUCACUAAAGAGACGGCAGCAGUGCGAGCCCACGCAGUAGCAGCCGUGCUGAGGAACAUCACUUUCACUCAGGAGCGCUAUGACAGUUUCAUCGAGCUGCAGGACAAACUACAUCAGAACAUCUGCAG